UCCUUAUUUCAGAAAAAAAGUCAUUGAUUCUCUGAAGUUUUACAGAUAAUGUAACUGUGAUAUCAUGCUUUCCUUUGCAGAUUCGCCUGUGAUUCCCACAAAAAGAUAGAACCGUCUUGAAACAGAAAAAGAGUCCAUACCACCUAAUGAAGAACAACUAAUAUUCAGAAAACUGGUUCAGCUUGGGACCGGAGACAACAAAGAUGGCACACAACAAGGGCUCAUCUCUGUCCAAUGCCCGUGGUCGUGGAAGUUAUGUUGGAAGUCAAAUCAGGGAUUCGAUUUCCCUUCUGGAUGUUUUGUACGCAGAUGCAUUUGAAAAAGAGGACAUAGACUCUGCAAUAGCUAAGAAGGCCGAGGUAGAUUUUUACAGCGGAGCCCCACCUCAAUGGCUUAACUUCUGCUGGGCUGAAAAGGCAACAUCAGCUAAUAAAACUACCCCCUUUAUCAAAAGAGAUGGGUACACGGAGCUGAUAGAAAAUAUUAAGAAACAGUGUAAGGGCGACCUAACUUCUACCAUCAAGCUGCUGCAUCAGCCAGGCAGCGGAGGAACCACUCUGGCCAAGCAGGUGCUCUGGGAUAUGAGGAAAACACUGAGGUGUGCUGUUCUAACAGGCCCUAUCUUAGACAUCACCGCUAUCGCCAAGGAGGUGAUUCUCCUUUUCACUGCAGGCGGUAAACGCCAGCAGAACACUGUGCUCUUACUGCUGGAUGAUGUGUGUAUUCAGAAGAAUCUGCAGGAUGCCAUCAUGAAAGAGAUUACAGACCGAAACAUUACAACCCACAUGCCUGUGGUCAUCAUUUUAAACUGUGUGCGUAAGGAAGUUAUCAAACAAGAGUACCAUAACAAAUCAAGACAUGUUAUUCUCAGGAUGGAACUUUCUGAAGCUGAGAAACAACAGUUUGAGGAGAAACAGAUUGAGAUCAGUCGAAGCUACAGCAAUGAACACAAACAGUUUCAUGGCUUUAACAUAAUGCGAGAAAAUUUCAGUGGAGAUUAUGUUAAAGAAACGUGUGCCCUUUUAGAUGUCAGGAAAAAAAGAAGACCUAAAAAAUCCCAGCUUCUUGCAUUCUUAUCACUGGUGAAUGCCUACGUCCCUGGAUCCCACCUUCUGCAGUCUCAAUGUCAGGCAUUCCUGGGGCCUCCAGGCCCUUCCUUUGAGCAGCGAAUGAAGCCUUUCACUCAUCUGAUAGUGACAUUCCCUUCACAACAGGGACAAGACAAACAUGUCCGCAUGGCUCACCCACUGAUUGCACAGCAGUGUGUUGAGUUACUGGCUACAGCAGGUGUGACCAGGAGUGAAACAGCAAGGAACUUUCUGACUGACUUUUGUGGAGAAGAGGUGCAGCAACAUUUGAUGUCCGUCAUCAAAGACAUGCUAACUAAGAGGGAAAUCACAGUGAAUGUUAAGCAGAAUACAGAAUGGAAACGAGACAUGUUAACGAAAGGGAAAAUGAGAAAAGAAAGGAAAGGACAGUUUUCCAGGUUGAUUCAAGAUAUUAAAGAUACUGACAAAUCCAAAAGCGAGUGUGUAUCUGUUUUACAACUAGCUUCAAAGAAAUUCAAGCAAAACCCAUUCUUUCCUCAAGCUCUUGCUCGUUUCUUUUAUAUUGUGAAGAAAGCCUAUACUAAAGCGGAGAAGUGGGCAAAAAUAGCAAAAGACAGAGAUCCCAACAAUUCAUUUGUUGCUGACACACUGGGGCAAGUAUACAAGAACCAUUUUAUGAGCAGGGUGAAAGUAGAGCAGAGUUCCGUCAGGGUUCCCAAACAGCUGGGUUCCAUCUCUGCACAAGAAAUUUUGCAACUAUCAACAAUGGCCUUUGAGGCUUUCAAAGAUGAGGAAAGGGCUGCUGAAAAUGAGCAGGGAGCAGACAUACAAUACGAUGGUAUUAACAAAGUCUCACACAUCUAUAACAACAGGGGACUAUUUGGUUAUCUACAGGUUGCCAACAUUGUUUUUGACUCGCUUGUCUCUCUUGAUAAAAACUGGCAAAAGAUCCUUACCAUGGAAAUAUCCGCUGACCCUUUCUUCAUAUCAAUCAGACAGAAAAAGCUCUUCAAGUACAAGCCACUCAUCAUCAGCCUCAGGGAUGAGGUGGAGAGGAAAUGUGAGUUUUUUGAUGGUUACCUGACUUACUCCAAGCCCAACAUUAAAGAAAAUGAACCGCAUUACUUUCAGACUAAUGUCAAGAAUUGCUACUGCAAAUACGUGGGGACAUGCACACCUAUGCAGUUAGAGUCUGCAAUAGAUGUACCUCUCCAGAAGCUCAAAGAAGAAAUGGCCAUUACUUUCCCUGGACUGCUUUGCUGUCUUAAUAAGGGCUAUGAUAAAUCUAACUUACGCCGAAUAACAACAUUGUGGGGGGAAAUAAAAAAUAAAAAAAACAAGAAAGAUGGUGACAACAAAGCGUCCCAAAACUUCAUCCUUGCCAACAUCAUCUUAAGCAAAGUGGAAGCAGCAUCUUCAGUGCUUACCCCGUUGUCAAGCCUAAGAAGAACUCUGGAGAGACAUCUAGUGGCUAAUCUCAGUAACCAAAUCCCAGAGUUUUACUUCUUAGUCCUUUUGUUGUUUUGGCCUGAGGAGCAUAAGAAAAUGGAUUUCAAUAUUGACCUCAACAAAUGUGUUCUGGAGAUGCAAGAGUCCUACAAAAACACAUACAAAAAGCAUCUUCGCUCAAGGUACCUUCUCCCCCUUAUUUUCCUGGGUAAGGGUGAGGGUUUGAGCAGACUGGUUCAUAGAGCAAAAAUAGACAACCUAUUGAUAGAGGAGAAUCCAAUGGCAAGGCCAGAGGCAAGGCCAGACACUAUAGAUCAAAAGUGGAGCAGUGGUGAGGUGUGGAGAAAACCCAGUGUCCAGGACCUUCUUCUUCCAGUCAAUGGAGUGGUUAGACAGCACAGGGUGUUUGCGCACGUUGAUGGCAAGGAGAUUGAAGUCUGUGCCGACCAACAAAGCAAAGUUUGGAAGUCCGGAGACGUCUGCUUCUACCUUGGCUUCACCAUUAGAGGUCCUGUGGCCUACGACAUCAACUACCCAUCCUAUUCAGGGCCAGUGAGAAGUUGAACAACGUGCCAAUGUGAUGGUGAGUUAAUGUUUGUUACAGUAUUCAUAGAGCGUACAAUAGUAAUAGAUAAGUGUUUGACAAAUGCAACUUUACCACCACCUAUGUUGACUGAGCUCUGUAUUUAUGAAUAUUAAAUAGUUUUCAUGAAAAUAACAAAUAUGGUGGGAAAAUCCUACAUUUUGCUCCAGUUUCACGGCUGGCAGCUGCAUUCUUAGAAUUCGUCAUUUGAGUGCAUAAUUUGUCAAAAUGGGAGGUGAUGGAACAAAAAGUGAGCGCGAAAGGGGUGUUACCUGGUACCUGAACACAUGAAAAAAUAACUUUUAUAAUCAAGCAUUGCAUGCAUUAUCAUCGCUCAUUCACUACUCUGGACGGUUCUGACUUAGAAUAUGUGGACAAGUACAAAUACCUAGGUAUCUGGCAAGACUGUUAACUCUCCUUCCAGACUCAUAUUAAACAUCUCCAAUACAAAAUUUAAUCCAGAAUCGGCUUCCUAUUUCGCAACGAAGUCUCCUUCACUCACGCUGCCAAACAUACCCUCGUAAAACUGACUAUCCUACCGAUCUUCGACUUUGGCGAUGUAAUUUACAAAAUAGCCUCCAACACUCUACUCAGCAAACUGGAUGCAGUCUAUCAAAGUGCCAUCUGUUUUGUCACCAAAGCCCAAUAUACCACCCACCACUGUGACCUGUAUGCUCUUGUUGGCUGCCCCUCACUACAUAUUCGUCGCCAGACCCAAUGGCUCCAGGUCAUCCAUAAGUCUUUGCUAGGUAAAGCUCCGCCUUAUCUCAGCUCACUGGUCACCAUAACAACACCCACCCGUAGCACGUGCUCCAGCAGGUACAGUGGGGCAAAAAAGUAUUUAGUCAGCCACCAAUUGUGCAAGUUCUCCAACUUAAAAAGAUGAGAGAGGCCUGUAAUUUUCAUCAUAGGUACACUUCAACUAUGACAGACAAAAUGAGAGAAAAAAAGUUUGUGGACAGGUGUCUUUUAUACUGAUAACAAGUUCAAACAGGUGCCAUUAAUACAGGUAACGAGUGGAGGACAGAGGAGCCUCUUAAGGAAGAAGUUACAGGUCUGUGAGAGCCAGAAAUCUUGCUUGUUUGUAGGUGACCAAAUACUUAUUUUCCACCAUAAUUUGCAAAUAAAUUCAUAAAAAAUCCUACAAUGUGAUUUUCUGGAUUUUCUGGAUGUGAUUUUCUGGAUUUUUUUCUUCUCAUUGCUGCCAAUGACUGGAACGAAUUGCAAAAAUCGCUGAAGUUUGACUUAUAUCUCCCUCACUAACUUUAAGCAUCAGCUAUCUGAGCAGCUUAUACCGAUUGCUGCAGCUGUUGCCUUGCGGAGGGAAUAACUACACUGCGUAUAAAUCAACGUUAUUAUCUGAGGCUUCCCGGAACAUUUCCCAGUACCGUGCUCAAUACAAUCUUGAAGCGUGGAAUCCGAUUGGUCAGACCAGCAUUGAAUGAUUCUAGUCACAAGUAUAUCCUCUUUGAGUUUCUGCCUAUAGGACGGUAGGAGCAAGAUGGAGUCGUGGUCGGGUUUGCUGAAUUCCUGAAGGGAGGCCGGGGUUGGGCCUUGUAUGCAUCCCAGAAGUUAGAGUAGCAGUGAUCCAGUGUAUUGCCCGAGCGGGUGCUGCAGUCAAUAUGCUGAUAGAAUUUAGGUAGCCUUGUUCUCAAGAUAGCUUUGUUAAAAUCCCCAGCUACAAUAAAUGCAGCUGUUUGCUCAAUUGGCCUACUUGGAAGUUGAUAACAUAUUUGGUAGCCUGCAGACAAAUUAGUCUUCUCUUUUCAGUAGAAUAAUUGGCUUUCCAACCAGUGCUUUCCUGUGACUUUUUAUAUUUGAAGGGCCUUUUUUUGCUACAUGCUGUUCACUGGCAGAUUUGCUGCGCUUCCCGACUGUAGGCCUUGUGAUUGGGCUUCACACAAUCCACAGCUAGGCUCUUUAUUUUAAAUAAGCUAUUGCUCCUCUGUGGCUGAAUUAUAGGCCUACUCGUGGUGUAGUAUUCUGAAUUAUUACAUUUAUUUCUGAACAGACAGCAGUAAUUCUAUAACUUUGGCAAAUGUAUUUCAAUUUAUCAGAGGUGCUGCGACACCUCCAGCACCCUUCCGCGGCUAUGACUCCAUAAGCAAAAACAUAUAUUAUAAAGAGCAAAGUUCCAGAUUCUCUACUACACCGAUAUGUUGCAUUCAAUUAUAAACCUAUAUCGGCACACUCGAUUAAGUAGCCUAACAUGUAGGCUAAUCUUAAAUUAAAGUUGGCAAAUCACCAUAAAUUAUAGGCCUAGUCAACGGCUGCGGGAUGAAUGAACAAUGAAGAAGGAGUUUUACGCAGGUGUCUGUGGGAGCAGCCAGGAAAGACAACUCAAGGACCACUACUGCAUCCGCAAACCAGCUAACCUGAGACGCUGUUUGAUUCAAGGCUGGAUUCUCCCUUUCUUGAAAUAAUCAUUGAUCUAAAUAUAUGGCUAUUAGAUAAAUGAUGACAUGCUAAAAAUAAAUAAUCACUGAUCUGACAUGACUUGGUUGUAGCCUAUAGCGCACGCAUUCUAUUAUUUCACUAUCCAUCUUUUGGUGAAGCUUUCAAGGAUGGGAGGAAUGAAGGAUGCAUAGGUUAUCCCAAAACAGGUGCAGCAUCUCCAUUAUAGGCUAUUUGUCUCAGCUAUACCGUUAACUUAGACUGCCACUUGUUCACAUUGUAUAGUCCUAUUAUCCUAGGACCAUGCCCCAGGACUACCUGACAUGAUGACUCCUUGCUGUCCCCAGUCCACCUGGCCAUGCUGCUGCUCCAGUUUCAACUUCCACCUGACUGUGCUGCUGCUCCAGUUUCAACUGUUCUGCCUUAUUAUUAUUCGACCAUGCUGGUCAUUUAUGAACAUUUGAACAUCUUGGCCAUGUUCUGUUAUAAUCUCCACCCGGCACAGCCAGAAGAGGACUGGCCACCCCACAUAGCCUGGUUCCUCUCUAGGUUUCUUCCUAGGUUUUGGCCUUUCUAGGGAGUUUUUCCUAGCCAUUGUGCUUCUACACCUGCAUUGCUUGCUGUUUGGGGUUUUAGGCUGGGUUUCUGUACAGCACUUUGAGAUAUCAGCUGAUGUACGAAGGGCUAUAUAAAUACAUUUGAUUUGAUUUGAUUUGAUUGUGGCUAUGCAAGCUCCUUCACUUGGUUUUUGGGGGCAGCCCUUGAUUCCGACAGGAAUGUGCAAUCGUUCUCUACGCAAUCCUUGACCUACAUUCACAAGAUGAUAAUUAUAGGCCUCUUCGCAGUCUUACAACGCUGACAAUGUGUGUCUGUGAAGCCUGUUUGAACGAGUGUAUUAGACCCCCCUACCAAACACACACACACCCAACUGUCUAUGUAUGUAGACACACAAACUGGGAUGAAAUACCUCAUCCAAUUCCGUGUGGCUCCUUCUUCUGAAAAUAAUCUAUGGCACGACCUCUUGCAGGUCCUAAAAUGUCUACUUUUAAUAAUAUGGUAAGUAUGUUCUAAAAGUGAAAGGAUUUCCUUGUUACUAAAGUCAAUUCUAAAGUAUAACUUCACCAGGUCAUCAAACUGCAGGCAUUUCAACGGUGGCGUGGACAGCAACAGGGAGCCAGGGAGACAUGCACUUAACCUAAUCCCCUACUUUAGCCUUGAAUUAUAACUGAAUUUAUACUCAAAAUGUUGACUUUAUUCUCAAAAUUACAUUUGGUCUAUUCUCGAAACAUUGCCACUUUAUUCUCGAACUACUGCCACCUUAUUCUUGAAAUAUUGAUACCUUUUUCUCGAUAUACUGCCACUUUAUUCAUGGAAUUUAAUUUAGACUAUUCUCUACAUAUUUCCACUUUAUUCUCUACAUUUUGACACUUUGUUCUCUAAAUAUUUCCUCUUUAUAGUCUAAAUAUUGCCACUUUAUUCACAAAAUUUAAUUUAGAUUAUUCUCGAUUUAAAAAAAAUCAUAUAUCAUUUAAAAAAUAUAUAAUAAUCCAAGUACCACCACCUAUUGCCGUUCAGUUAUUUUUUAUCUUCACUUGACCCUAGUAAUCUCCAGUAGCAUCCAAGCUUCAGCCCCAUUUAUCAUGUUUUUAAUGUCGUUUUAGUGUAUUACAUUUGUGAAUGUCAUUGUGUUUAAAUGCAGUUGUUCUGCGACCAAUCUUUACCUCCGACCUCAGGCCAGCACUUUGAGGACUUCACCGGACAGAACUGAUCUAGAGAGUGAACCAGGUGAAGCCCAUCUUGGAUAAACUCAUCACUGACAAGAGCUAAAGUUCAGUACUGGCUGAACGCACCACA